CCUCUCAGUCUCAGCAUGGCUCUUCUUCUGCUCCUACUUCUCUUCCUCGUGCUCCUCUCCCUGCAGUGGGCAAAGAAGUAUUUCCUGGGAUUCUCUAACCCUCAUGUACAUUACCCACCUUGCCCGCCCCCCUUACCAUUUCUAGGCAACCUGCUUCACCUGGCGCACAAAGAUCUGCCAAUUCACUUGCUGCAUCUCUCUAGAAAAUAUGGGUCUAUUUAUCGUCUAAGCUUUUGGGGGAAAGAUUUUGUCGUGUUAAAUAAUUCUAACUUGAUCCGUGAAGCUCUGCUUAAGAAGUGGGCAGAUUUUGCUGGAAGACCCAAGAGUUACAUAGGUGAUCUGAUAUCCCUGGGCGGGAAGGAUCUGUCUCUUGGAGACUACACGCCAGUGUGGAAGGUGCAGAGGCGUCUCACCCACACAUCCCUGCAGAACUGCGUGCGCAAUGACCUAGAGAAUGUGCUGAUCAGAGAGGCCAGAUUAUUAUGCCAGGAUUGCCUGAACCUGAAUGGGGAGCCAGUGGAUAUAUCUCGAUCAUUCUCUCUGCGAACCUGCAGGAUCAUAGCAGAACUGACAUUUGGUACCACGUAUGAUCUUUCAGACCCCAAAUUCCAGGAGAUUCACAAAUGUAUUGUUAAUAUUAUUAAGUUAUGGGAGUCACCAAGUGUUACUGCUCUGGAUUUCAUACCAUUUCUGCAGAAGUUCCCCAAUCAGACUUUAAAGCUUCUGAUGGACACUGCAAAGCAAAGAGAUUCCUUUAUAAAGAGCCAAGUGGAAGCUCACAAGGCACAUCUCCCAUCCAGUAAAUGUGAUGAAGACAUUUUAGAUGGAAUGAUGCGAUUUCUUCUAGAAAAAUCUGGAGAUGACAGCAGCGGAAUGUCAGAAUUUUCUGAGGAUCAUCUUCAUAUGGCCGUUGUUGACCUCUUUAUAGGAGGGACAGAAACCACCGCAUCCUUAUUAACCUGGACAGUGGCCUACCUCAUGCAUUACCCAGAAGCACAAGAUAAAAUUCAUCAGGAGAUCAUAGGAGCAGUGGGAAUGGAGAGAUAUGCGACAUAUACAGACCGUAACAGCUUGCCCUACCUUAAUGCCACUGUUUCUGAGAUGCUCAGACUUCGACCUGUGGUUCCCCUGGCUGUACCGCACUGUACCAUUAGGGAUACAAGCAUUGCAGGAUAUACCAUCCCUAAGGGCACCACUGUAAUCCCCAAUAUUUAUGCUGCUCACCUUGAUGAGACAAUAUGGGACAAUCCUACCCAGUUCUAUCCUGAACGCUUCCUCUCCCCAUCAGAAAACUCACAUUCUUCCCGCGCUCUCCUUCCAUUCAGUGUGGGUGCAAGGCUUUGUAUUGGUGAGACUUUGGCUCGUAUGGAGGUGUUUUUCUUUUUGUCUCACCUCCUGAGGGAUUUCCGCCUCUUGCCCCCUUCUCCUGAACUUUUGCCUGAACUCAGUGGGGUGUUUGGAAUCAACUUCAAGUGCCGCCCAUUUCUGGUCUGUAUAUCACCCCGAGAAAACACACCAAAAAUACAGGAUUUAAAUAAUAAAACAUGACUUAUAUAUGACUGGCAUGAAUUCUACUAUAUAUCCUGUAUAAAUUGUCUUGGCAAAAAUGAGAAUAAAGGACUGAUGGUUUUUAAAGCGCAAGGAAUAUUUUAAGAGGAUGUAAAAUCUUAAAUAGAAAGCCAAUAUUAUGUUUCCCACUCUGAAUAAUGAUGUCACCAUUGUAUCUCUAACAAUCUUUUGCAUCACUUUCAUACAUAUUCAUACUUGCCGACUGCCAUUUACUUAUAUAUCGCCAGGUGGCCGCCAGCUGCAUUGCUUUGAAGCAGAGUUCAGCCUGCCAAGUAAUAUGAAAGAAGUGGAUGUGUUUAUUUCUUAGUGGGGUUUCUACCUGCUGUAAGGCCAAACAUACACGCCUGUUGCUUUCAUCCUGCCUGCCAGUCCUUGCACCUCUGAGCACUUCCAAGCAGUGCAGCAGGCAGCUGAGAGGUUGCUAGCAGAUAAAAAAGGGACAGGUGAGAAAGAGAUACAAAAUAUAGUUUUUCUUAGAGCAAGGUAAACCAUUUUAACUCAUAUGUGUAUAUUGGAGAUAUAAACAAACUGAUAAAAAAAACAUUUAAAUGAUUUGAUUAAUGUUUUUGUAUAUCUGCUAAUCAGAGUCUUUGUUUUGUACAUCAGCAAACCUGAAAUAACGAGAUGAAAACACUAUCUGACAUGUAUAUAAUCCUAAAAUAAUAUGUGAGAAAUUGUUAUAACACUUUUCACAAAAACAUGAUUCUGGCCAUACAGUUACUGAACUAUGUUUCUUGUAUGUUCCUAUACACUAUUUUCACUGCUGUGUCUUCCGCCUCAGUUCUGUAUUUUUGUUCUAUUGAUAACAGGAGCUGCAGUUUUUAGUCUUACAUUUAUUUUUGUCAUCUCUGCUUUUAUUUUCAUGGUACAGUUCUGGCUGGUGUCGGGAAAGAAUAAAAUGGUUGCAAAAAAUGUGUGUUUUUAUCUUAAA